GCCCCAGGGGCGGAUCCAGCAAGACCCAGCGUCCGAGAGAGCCUAGCGAGCAACGGGGUGGGCUGAGGGGGCGGCGGCGGUGUGGGAGCCGGGGAAGUUUGGGAGACGCGGCCAGCUCUGCGAUCCAGAGCGCCGCUUCAAGCCUCGAGGACCGCGGGGGCAAGCGGACACGCUUCCCGACGCCCCCGGGGCCCGCAGCCUUCGUCUCGUGUCUUCUUACCUGGAGGUAGUCAAGCUUCUAAAAUGUCAUCGGUCAAGCCUCUAGUUUAUGCAGUUAUUCGUUUCUUGCGGGAACAAAGUCAGAUGGAUGCAUAUACUUCUGAUGAACAAGAAAGUUUGGAAGUUGCAAUUCAGUGCUUGGAGACAGUUUUUAAGAUCAGUCCAGAAGAUACACAUCUAGCAGUUUCACAGCCUUUGACAGAAAUAUUCACAAACUCCGUCUGUAAGAAUGACAUUCUGCCCCUUUCAAACUCGGUGCCUGAAGAUGUGGGAAAGGCUGACCAGUUGAAGGAUGAAGGCAACAACCACAUGAAAGAGGGAAACUACGCUGCUGCGGUGGAUUGUUACACACAGGCAAUAGAAUUGGACCCCAAUAAUGCGGUUUAUUACUGCAACAGGGCUGCUGCUCAGAGCAAAUUAAGUCACUACACAGAUGCGGUAAAGGACUGUGAGAAAGCAAUAGCAAUCGAUUCCACAUACAGCAAGGCCUAUGGAAGGAUGGGGCUGGCCCUCACCGCCAUGAAUAAGUUUGAAGAGGCAGUUACAAGCUACCAGAAGGCACUGGAUCUUGAUCCUGAAAAUGAUUCCUAUAAGUCAAAUCUGAAAAUAGCAGAACAGAAGUUAAGAGAGGUGGCUAGCCCUACAGGAACUGGGCUGAGCUUUGACAUGGCUAGCUUGAUAAAUAACCCGGCGUUCAUCACCAUGGCUGCAAGUUUAAUGCAGAACCCUCAGGUUCAACAGCUAAUGUCAGGAAUGAUGACAAAUGCCAUUGGAGGACCUGCUGCUGGAGUGGGAGGCCUAACGGACCUGUCUAGCCUUAUCCAAGCGGGACAGCAGUUUGCUCAGCAGAUCCAGCAACAGAAUCCUGAACUCAUAGAGCAGCUGAGAAAUCACAUCCGGAGCAGAUCGUUCAGCAGCAGCACAGAAGAGCAUUCCUGACUUAUUAAGGACCCUCGUGCCCAGUACAGAUAGCUUGUGGUUCUGAUAUGUCCACCUGUAGAUAAUAGCCAAAAACAAAGUAACGAAAUCCACCCUACACAAUGUCUGAAAAUAAUGGAGUUAAGUCCCUUGUGUAAACCUGAGAGAAUCCAUCCGUUUAGAAAAUAGUUUAUCACAGACUUGAACAUAAUACAAACUCCUUUGGAAACAAACCAUCAGUAGCCUUGUUAAGUGCUAAUACAGUCUUGGGACAAGGGCCCACCCAUUUUAAAACUUUUAUCAUCAUAUUUGUAUAUCAGACUUAGUACAGAGUAUAUUUAUUGAAUAGUAGGGCUAUUUAUUGGAAAGUUCUCUAGCUACAGGUUUCCCUAGACCAUGGGUUUUGAGAAGGCCAUGACUAAGUAGAAAGACUUCUCCAGCUGGUUUAGAAGAACCGUCAGGAGAGCAGCUUUGGUAUGUGCUACCAUUGGUAAUGCACAUCUGUCGUGGGUACCGGUACUAUCUGGAGGGCAGCUUGUACAGGGGACAGGGAAUCUUCAGAACCGGCAGGAAGCAAUAUUUGGUACGAGAGAUGCUUUAAAGAUACUGUGAAUGUACAGAAAGCGUGGUAGGAUGCUCAGGUUUUCUGCAUAGAUUUUAACUAGUCUUGUCUGUAGUUUAGUGUUGAUAGUAUUUGCAUGGUCAGUUAGGUACAUAGUGAAACACACUUAGAGAUCCUUAAGGGUACCGGUCGGGUCAGUCAGUGAACACAACUGCUCUAUUUAAUGAUCACAGCUUAAUUGUCACAGUUUCAUUGGUGGGAAACUUACCAAGAGCAGUAGCUAGUGACACUUGAAAAAGCCACCGACUUGACCCCAAAUGAUGGGAUUUCUAAGUGGAAUUUAAUUAUGUGCCCGUCAACGAUGAUUUUUUUUUUUUUUAUUUUAUCAUUAUUGGAUGGCUAAGAGAAGCAUCUAUCACUAUCAUUGCUCAUUUGUGUAAACCUCUGCUGCACUUCGGCUUGGCAUGUCAGUCUUACGCUUACCUUUACUUUAUUGCAAUUUAAACAUAACAGGAGACUUCAAGUAUCUUACCGUAUUUACGCAUCCGGCACAUGGUUAGUAGGAAGAAAUGGCAUGAGAUGCUAGUAGCAUGACUCUAGGAGCAUCAAGGGAUUGGAAAAGUCCAGUCUCAAAUGGAAUUUGCCUAUUAACUAAAAACUUGGUUAAAUGGGGCCCGGUAUGUAAUGAUUUUACAGGCGAUGAGAGAGAGGUGAAAAAGUAAUUUAAAAAUUAAUGGGGUGGUCAGGGCCUUCCCACAACUCUUCUCAGUCUGUGUAUUUAGUAUCUUGAGGUUUCCAAACUAACCUUUUCCUUUUUGCCUUUUGUGAGACAGUGGUUUUGUGAUUUCACUGUAAGCAUCAAGUGUGGGAAAUUAAUGAAAAAUUCUGGUUUAGGGUCAUGUCACCAAAUUUGGUUUAGAUCAUCAUUUUAAACAGUGCAUGAUGCAGUUAGAACUCAGCUUUAGUACAACAUAAGGUUGAAGUUCUCUCCUCAAAUAGCCAGCAAGCAGCUGGGCUCAGGCUCACGUGGGACAGACACGAAACACAGUUGUGGUAGAGAAGAGGAGAGCCUCUGUCAUAGAACCGUGUUGUGUUGGCUUACAUUCAGCAGUGAGUGUUCUUUACAGGGUGGAAUACUCCCUGGUUGCCUAAAGGUUAUGACUACGAUGAAAGAAAAUUCCAAGUUGACCACAAAAAACCAGUCAUCCAGUGUUGACUAUGUUAAUAAUCCUAGAACAUGCUUUCAAUUCAGGAAAAUGGGUGGAUCCUUAGUGUACUGACUAGGAAACAGGAAAUACAAAUGAACAGUAUCAGAGAUGAAAGUGAGAGUGCUUGCCUAGUACGUGAGACCAUGGGUUCAAGUCCAUCAUUGCAUUAAAAAAGAAAAAAGAGCAGAUAUAUUACCAAACUGAUCCUGUAGAUAUUAAAAGAGAAACUGGGGGGAUCGGGAGCAUAGUUGAGUUGGUAGUACUUGCCUGGCAUAAAGCCCUGGGCUCUGCUUCCCUAGUACUGCGUGGAACAGGAAUAGUAAUGUGCACCUGUAAUCCCAACCCUUGGGAGAUAGAGACAGGACCAGGAAUCC